UAUUGAAAGCGUAAAACAAGUCUGUUUUGGGCAUACGUUUAACUGAGCAUUGAAAAAACAAACUAAGCUAGUUUCCGAAUUUUGGAAAACUUGUUUAUGCCGACAGGUGUAUUGUAAAAAAAUUUACCCGUUAAACAUUUUCGAAAUUGUUUUGAUAAGAAGCAUAAUGAAGGCAACCAGAUUAGAAUUAAAGAUUGACCUUGGUCCUAGCGUGGUUGGUCAACCGAGCAUACAAGGUAGUCACGCUUCGAAGCACAAAAGUCCCUACGUCAUACGAAAUACAAAACCACGUGCCAAAACCACUGGAGCAUUAACUCGCGAAUCUAACUUCAAUGCAAUGGCGAAAAACUCAAAAUCUAAACCAAAGGAGGACGAGGGAGGAGAACGGGAGAAGAGAAAGACUCGGAUUCCGAAAACCGCCGAAGAUCUUCCGAAACCUAUCAUACGAAAUAAGAACACGCCGCCAAAUAAAUCCAGAGUGAUGAUAAAAGAAGAAACAUCUCCAAACAAGAUGUCUCCCAGUCACAACGCAACAGCAAUUCCAAUACCAACACCGUUACGAGGAGACGUGGAUAGUCCUCUAAAACCGUACAAAUUCCGCAGCGGUGCAUUACGUAGUUCUAUGCUUCGCCUGACUACUCCUGGAACGGCCCAAUUUCCCUCCAGACCAGAAACACAAAAAGCAAUUGACGGACACGCUGGAAUGAAGGCAUUAAAAGAACUGUUUGGUGCGAUCGGAAUGGGAACCAGGAUGUUGGAAUUCAAAGACAUGCUCGAGGUAAAGGUAGCUGUUGGUAUGGGAGCCCAUAUCUCAAGACUUGCACUUGAAGAUCUCAACACAUUCGAAAAAGUGAUUGAAGAGUUAUCUAUGUUGUGGAAGAUCAACCGGAUGGACUUGGACUUACUUGAACAUCUUCUUACCAAGAUCGGGAUGUUGGAACGUUUUACUCCAGACCUUGAUAAAUACAAAAACAUGGUUGGAUAUUCGGAGCUUGCGGCCUCCACUGAAAGAGAAGUAACCACGAUAAUUGGAUCACUUCACAAUUUAUUGCAAGACUCUGAAGAAUCCAGCGGAACAUAUACUACGAUCUGCUUUUUGCAUUAUGGUGACGUCUACAGUUUCAAUCGAGAGAAACUAUUCUGCAUGAAAAACGACUUAAGUCAUCUUCUAGCAAUCCACCCAACUCAAAUUAUUUACUUCGCGAAAGUGUCUGCAAACAACAAUGGUUACGUCACAGCUUUCCAGAUGCCAUGUUCCAUCAGCAAAAAACUUGUUGUGUUCGCGAAAAAGAACCAUGACGUUCUCAUGUCCCUUGGUAUGAAAGGAAUACAAGUAACAGGUUGGUUCACUUCAAUUAUAAUUCAAACGAAUAAGAUUGUCGUGUUUUGUUUUUUGUUUUUUUUUUUUCUCUAAGUUUAGCUAAUUCUU